GCUGGGUUGCAGAAAUCAGGCUUUUGCACUUCGCUUUGUGGGUCCGCUUGUGCGGCUUCGUUGAACAAAGCCCCUGCAAAAUCCUUGGGUUAUGAAAUAUUUCCUCUCCGACGGGUCCCGGACAAGAGAUGGCAUCUGCAGAGCCAGAAAAGGAAACCCUUGCCUUAUAGAGAGCGCUCUCGGUGUGACACAAUGGCUGAUAUAAAGUGUCGGGUGAGCUGAGCCCAAGGCAAAGGAACAAAGGAAGAUCAAGAUUUGGUGGCUGUCUUGGACAAAAGGAAAGCAGAAAGCGUCUCAGGGAUGGAUAAAUUUAAGGCUGCUCUUGUGCUGGCUGGGGUAGGGGAUGCUCUCGGUUACCGUAAUUUCUCCCGAGAAAACAAUGCUUUAGGUGCAAAAAUCCAGCAGGAGCUGAAGGAAAUUGGAGGGCUUGAGAACCUGGUGCUCUCCCCCGACAAGUGGCCAGUAAGUGACAACACGCUCAUGCACAUGGCUACAGCAGAGGCUGUCAUCACAGAUUACUGGUGUUUAGAAGACCUAUACCGGGAGCUGGUAAAACGCUACGUGGAUGCUAUCGACAAGCUCUCGGGGAGGCGGCCAGACCCUGCUACCAUUGAAGGCUGCAGGGAAUUAAAACCAGACAACUACCUUCUCGCUUGGCACACACCAUUCAAUGAAAAGGGUUCUGGAUUUGGAGCAGCCACGAAAGCCAUGUGUUUAGGGAUGCGAUACUGGAAGCCAGAAAGGCUGGAGUCGCUGAUUGAAGUGAGCAUUGAGUGCGGACGAAUGACUCACAACCAUCCCACAGGCUUUCUGGGGUCCCUGUGCACAGCUCUCUUUGUGGCGUACGCAAUACAAGGGAAACCCCUUGCGCAAUGGGGAAGAGAGAUGAUGAAGGUUGUGCCGAUGGCUGAAGAAUACUGCAAGAAGACCAUUCGCCACAUGGCAGAAUAUCAGGAGCACUGGUUUUACUUCGAAGCCAAGUGGCAGUUUUAUUUGGAAGAGAGAGAAAUCAACGAGGAAAAUCAGAAUAAACCUGUCUUUCCAGACAACUACGAUGCAGAGGAGAGAGAAAAGACAUACAGGAGGUGGAGCUCGGAAGGCCGGGGGGGAAGACGAGGUCAUGACGCCCCCAUGAUCGCCUAUGACGCCUUGCUGGGCUGCGGCGGGGACUGGACAGAGCUUUGCAACCGCUCCAUGUUCCAUGGAGGAGAAAGCGCGGCUACUGGGUCUAUUGCUGGCUGCCUGUACGGCUUGGUUUACGGCCUAAGCAAGGUCCCCAAAGGCCUGUACCAGGACCUGGAACAACGGGAGAGGCUCGAGUACCUGGGCGAGAAUCUAUACCGACUAUCCAUGGAGGAAAACACCAAAAGCACACGCUUUUCUGGAGAUGAUAAGAUGCUGGUAGACCCUUUGGUGCUGAAGAAGAAGCUCAAUAGGAUGGCAACGGAGCAAGGGGCCUUUGCUGUUCUCAGCAGCCUGCUGCAGUACGUCACUGAGCUCGCAGCUGGCGAUCCGCAGCUCAGGAGCAAGAGGACAAAAUGGGCAGAAGGUAAAGAAAAUAAGGUGAGUUCUAAUCAGCCUUGUCCAGAUCCAAACAGGGGCCAGCAUCCAACCAGAUUUCAGCUCUUGCGGUCCAGAUUUCUAAACAGCAAUCGGGAGCCAUACACCAAAAAAAGAAGAGAAGUCGGCAAACUGGUCAUUAAAGAGAAGCUGUGGCUGAGCAGGGCUGGUAACAAGCUGGACAGAAGCAGGGACAGGAAAGGGGAUGGAAAAGCAGCAGAGGAGGAUGCAGACAUAGCGCUCGGUGAAAGGGCCAAGUGGAGCAACACGAGUGGGAAAAACACAGUGAAGAACAUUCUGAAGAAAUUUUUAGCUGCUGAAGAAAAGGAAGCCAAGGAGAAGCCUCCCAGCUGGACAAAGAAAGGGCCAAACAGUGGUUUGCCAAAAAUAGUCAACAGGAGUUCGGUCAUGUCCAAACUGAAGGAGCAGUUUGAACAAAGUGCUCUCUGCUCAGCCGCAGAGGUGAAAGCAUCGCUCUUGCGCAAAGGUGAGAAAAAGACUAAAAACUUCCCAAGCAGAAAAACUAUUCGCAAGCCAGAGGUCAGAGUGUUACGCACAGCAGCAAUGACAGCCACAGGUAUAAACACUCCAGAGUCCCAAUAUUUAGUGUGUUCCACAGUCCCUGUACCCAGACUCAGUGUUGCUACCAAAAUUAACCAUCCUUGGAGCUGGGCGAAAAAUGAUGCUGCGAAGCAGCCUUUUGGUCACGACACACCACUGAAGGAAAAGUGGGGGGCUGACAGAGAACACGGGGAAAAUGAAACAUCAGGAAAUGCAGCACAGGACAGAGAGGACAAAGAAGAGUUACUGGUGGCACCCGAGGCCACGUCCGAUGCAAAGGAUCAUGCUGAGGCUAAAACAGAUUCCACAAAACAAGAACCCAACUUCAAGACUAGUCUAGAUAGCUCUUCUACUACCUGUAAAAACAAAGCUCUUGCAGACUGUGUUCCUGCCUUGUCUGAACCUAGUCUAGACUGCAACAGGAAUAACAUGCCGACUGGGCCUGAUAUCUCUUCACUAUUGGGGAUUCCCAAUGCUGUGCAACAUGUUAAGGAAGACAGUCCACCUUCUAACUCAUCUUACUCUAACACAGCUGGAGGAUCCUGUGAAAAAGGUCCUCAGGACACUAGAACAAGUGAGAUUCCUAAAAUAACUAUGUAUGUAUACAGUUCAGAGGAAGCUGACACAGAGCUCAUGCAGCCAGAAAAGGAUCAUUUAUUUGCAGGUCAAAAGUGUUUCCCAGAGCCGAAAGCACUAGAAGACAUUCUGCCAUAUCACUCUUCAGGAGUUCAAGUAUCUUGUGAAAUUGAGUCUCCCAUGGAGGAUAGACAGACAACUCUCCUAACACCAGCUUCUGGCACAAGGCCACCCAUAGUCCAAAAAGAGGCACCGGGUUUAAGAGGCAGAUGUUCUGAGGAAGACAAAGAAGGAGCGAAAUAUCACAGUGAAGACACAAUAUCCUCUAUGUCUAGCAAAACUGAUAGUGAUGUCGUAGAUAAAAAGGAAGAGGAUAAUAAAGUUCCCACCAGCCAAAUGCAAAAUGAAUCAAAAACCAAGCAGCCACAGCCACCUCAAAUGCCCAGCCCACAAAAUAACUUCGGUGAUUCCAGUGCUGACUUUUCAAAUCCAGAUGUAAAUCCUACUAAACCCACACUGUCCUCAAAUGAGAGACAGGAGCAGAAACCUGGUGCUGCAGAAGAAGAGUACAUCUCUUCUCAUUUGGAAAAGACACAAAGCCCUUUGCCAGGUGACCUUGUGAAGCACAGCUUCUACAUCGCAGAAGAAGAUUUUGGGAAGGUCAAAUUAUCUUCAUCAAACGAAAUGAUGAAUCAUGAAAAUAAUCAAGCCCUGGGCAGGAGUACCUUGACUGACUUGGAGACACAUCACAAUCAAUCCAAAUCUUUCACUGAGCGUGAAGAGGCCACUGCAGAUGAGAUACCAUGGCCUGAUUCUGAGGCAUGGCAGCUGCCCUCAUCAACCUCUAUACCAACACCAAUGAGUGGGAUUGCAGGACAGAGAAUUCAUCACACUCUUCGAAAUCCCCCAGCUCUUCCAUCUCCCGAUCUGGUGAGACAAGCAGCUGGUGGUCUGGGAGAUAAGCAUGACAGCCAUGGCUGGGAGAAGCAACCACCACCCCCUUCAGAUGAGCUGACAAACCAUGGGAAUGAUACGAUGGUAGAGAAGAAAAUUGCAUAUGAUUUUAAGAACCAAAUGGUGUCCCCAAAUCAUGAUACAGAAAAUGAAAACUCUACAGCUGAAGAGACAAAUACACAUCGGAGAUUUGAGAACUGUCUUUCACUUUCAACCAAGAAGCAAGGAAAACUUGAAAAUAAAACCAUGCUAGCAAGAAAGCCCCUCUUACCCUUGGAGAAGAAACAAUCAGCAGCUUCAGAUUAUACCAUGAAGCAAGGAAGUGAUAUGCUGGCAGAGAACCCAUUUCCUUCAUCAAUUGAACCGGUCUCAGACCAAAACAAGCAUGCAAAAGGUACAAAUAAGGUCUCCAAACCUACAAAGGAUACACUCCUGUCAUCAGAUGAUGACAUGAAGCAUGAGAGUAAUAGGAGGGAGACAGAGGAGAGAGAAGAGAGUAAUGUCUUGCAUAAAUCUGAGAAGGAACAAGUAUCCAUACCAAGUGAUACAGUGGAUCAUGAUAAUAACUCUUCAAACAAGAAGAAUGCUCAUAAGCCUCAAACAUCCCAGUUACCUUCCUUGGAGCAUGAUAACAACGUUCAAGGAGUGGAAAAUACAGGGCAGAAUCUGAAGCAUCUAACACCUUCAAGAGAUUUUGUGAAACAUGAACAUGAUAUGACAGUAGAUGAAAACAUCUGCUGCAAUAAUGGGAAACAUCUCCUGUCCUCAUCAGAUGAACCAAUGAAAUGUGCAAAUGACAGUGCAGGGGAAAAAAACAUCAAGUCAGACUUCAAGAAUUAUUCAAAGCCACCAAGUAAUACAUCAAAGCAGGACAAUAAGACCAACAAAGAGGAGAAUAUCCCUCACAAUUUCAAAAAUGAACCAGUGAAGCACAAAAAGAAUUGUGAAGAAGAGUGGAAUAAUUUGUGUGAUCCCAAAAGUCAAACACCAUUACCAAAUCCAUUGACGAAGCAAGACAAGAAAUCAAAUUCUCUAGAGACACAGAAACACAAGUCACCAGAUGACUUUGUAGAGCCUGAAACUAAGUCAGCCGACAAAAAGACUAAACAUACCUCUGAGAAGCUGCAGGUGCCUUCUUCAAACAAAGUGCUGAAGCCUCAAGGAAGAAGACCUUCAGGAGAGAGGAAGCAAAAGACACCAGCAGCUGAGGACAACAGGUCACCUGAAACAAAGGCUGUAGAGUAUGAUAAUGAGCACCAUUGUUCUGGGAAGUACCAGCUACCUCCUUCAAAAAAAUCAGCAAAACAUGAGGAAAACACUCCAGGAGGAGAAAAGCAGCAAGUAAGAUGUGAAGAUAUUAUGAUGCCAGAUAUGAAUGCUGCAAAAGAGAAGAACAGAUUACCAGGUUUCAGGAAGUAUCGAUCAGUAUCAUCAGAAACAUUGGUUAAGCCUCAAGGAAAAGAUACUCCAGAACAAAAGCAACAAAAAUCAGCUUCUGCAGGUUUUAAGAAGACUGGUAUUAGUGCUGUAAAAGAAAAAGGUGGACAUCCAGACUCUGAGAAGUCACCCUCUUCAAAGGAAGUGGUGGUGAAGUCCCAAGAAAAAAAUGCUUCAGGGGAUAGAAAGCAAAAGAUACCAGGAGCAGAGGACAUCAGGUCACCUGAAGCAAAGGCUGUAACAGAGGUCAAUAAACACCAGCAUCCUGGGAAAUAUCAUUUACCUCCUUCAAGUAAAUCAGCAAAGUCUGACAAAAAUACUCCAGGAGGAGAAAAACAACAAACUGUAUCUGAAAGUUUUACAAAGCCUGAUGCAAGUGCUAUAAAAGAUAAAAGCAAAGAUCCAGGUUCUGGGAUGUGUCAGUCCCCACCUUCCAACUUGCUGGGAAAGCCUCAAGAAAAGAACACCACAGACAAAAAAAGGCAAUCAUCACCACCGCCACCUGAUGAAAAAACGACAUAUGAAACUGGUAGUCCAAAGAAGAAGAGUGGACCUGAGAGAAGAAAGAAAAACCAGCCAUGCUCUUCAGCUCAAUCAGAGAAACAUGGCAAUGGUGGCUCAGGAAAGGAAGGCCCCAUGGGUGACUUCAAGAGCUAUCAAGCUCCAUUACCAAGUGGUGGCAUAAAUUGUAAAAGCAAUACUGUCCUCAAAGACAACAAUUUGUCUAAUAUAGAGAACUCCCCAAAAUCAUCCUCAUUUCACACUGCAUCAAAAGAUGAGGAAAAUCCUGAUGGAAACAGGAAAAAACAGCCUGGAUUUAAGAAGUACCAGGUGCUCUCAUCAAAGAGCUUGGUGAGGCAUGGGAAAGACGUUGCUGGAAGGGACGGGAGCUGGCAGGCAGCUGACAAAACAAGUGACACAAAAGCAGAACUGGAGGACUGCUCUAAAGCAGCAGCAUUCUCAAAAUACACAGUAGAAAGCUACAGUGAAAGCCCCCUAGAUUCAUCCUUCAAGCCAUUGAUCAUUAGAGUAACUGACACAUUUAAACAUCACAGCUAAAAUUUAUGGCUACAGCUUAGCCAAGAACUUACAACUGAUCAUGUUACCGAUUCUCUUGAUCUUUCUUCUUUCCUUUACUCUCCAGGGCAUUAUAUUAUCAUUUUUUAAUCACAAGGACAUUGGUGUGCAUUUAUCUGAGCUGGGCUUUUUUCUUUUCUUAAACAUUAGCCUGAAGAAAUGAAUUAAAUUAAUCACUGCAA